AUGACCGACUUAAGUGAGCAAGAAAUUAAUGUUGUUGAGAAAUUUUCCCAGGUAUGUAAUGAAUAAAUCAUUCAUACAUCGCAGCUUCAAAAAGUAGACCAAAAACAAUAACAGUGAUAAUAGAAAUAACAAUGAUGGAAAUAAUAAAUAUUAUUAUAAAUAUUAAUAUAACAGUAAUAAUUAUUUAAAUUCCCAAAGGGAUUUUCGAAAAAACUGUUAGGAUAUCUAAAAUAAUACAAUAUUUGAAUUAACCCCUUAACCCCCAAUAUCCACAUACAAAUUCUCCACAUUGAUCUUCACACAUUUCCUCAAAGAACUAGUGGAUAGAACGUGUUAAAUGAUCAAAACAUUUUCUCUUUGGAGAUCAUUUUACUCAUUAUCAUAACCUACUUUAUAAUGUAUUGAUAUUAUUAUGAGAAAAUUGCUGUUCAUCACCCUUGUGACUUAGAUGGUAUAAUAUUUAUUAAGAAAAAUUUUCACUGAAGCAAAUGAGUACAAAUAUUUAUGGGAAGGAAUAAAAAGUUGAUUUUUACAUUGUAGUAAUAUCUAUUAAUUCCUAUCCAGGCACUAUACUAUAUUUAUGUGACUUCCACCGUGAACAAGCAUGGGAGCAAUGGGUGUCCAAAGCACCCAAUGGUGUCAGUGACUGCAAAGAGGAGGUCCUCACUCACAUACGAAGAGUUGCCCAUGCCAGCUCAUCACCAAAGUAUGAAGAUGCAGUCAAGGCCUUGAUGGCAAGUUCUGUCUGA